UGCUCAGAAAGUGAGGGAAGGCUGAUGCAGGGUGAUUUUAAACAGAGGGUUACCGGUAUUUGUUUUAUUGUUUUGAAAGAGAGGCAGACCAAAGAUAUAUAAAAAGGCAAGCGUAGCCAAAAUGCUUUGUCACGUCACUCGCCCAGAUUCGGUGGUCAUGGAAGUGGAAGUUGAUGCGAAGGCGAAUGGGGAAGAUUGCCUGAAUAAGGUUUGUAGAAAGUUGGGUAUUAUUGAAGUGGACUACUUUGGACUCCAGUUUUCGGGCAGCAAAGGGGAGAACCUGUGGCUGAAUCUGAGAAAUCGCAUCUGCCAGCAGAUGGACAAUGUGACUCCCUGUCGACUGAGGCUGCGAGUCAAGUUCUUUGUGGAGCCUCAUCUCAUUCUACAGGAACAGACGAGACACGUCUUCUUCAUGCACGUGAAGGAGGAUCUCCACAGCGGUCACCUGCGCAUGGGUUCGGAGCAGGCGGAGGAGCUCAGCGCACUCCUGGCGCAGGCCGAGUUUGGUGACUAUAACCAGAACACAGCCAAGUACUGGUACUCCGAGCUAUGCGGGGAGGAGCCCAGCCCAGCCACUAUCAACAGCAUCAUCUCCAGACACAAAGCUCUGGAGGGUUUGAGUCAGGGCUCGGUGGAGUACCAGGCACUGCAGCUGGUCUCCUCUCUGGAGCAUUACGGUGUGGAGUGGCACUGGGCCCGCGAUGCAGAAGGCCAGCGUCUGGCCAUAGGAGUUGGCCCUGAGGGCAUCGCCGUCUGCAAGGAGGACUUCAGCUUAGUCAACAGAAUUAGCUAUCCCGUCAUUCAGAUCGCCACCCAGUCAGGGAAGAGUGUGUACCUGACGGUUACAAAGGAUACCAGCGAUAGUGUGGUGCUGCUGUUUAAGUUGAUUAGUAACCGGGCAGCCAGCGGUCUGUACCGGGCCAUCACUGAGACCCAUGCCUUCUACAGGUGCGACACAGUGACCAACGCAGUGAUGAUGCAGUACAGCCGUGACUUCAAGGGCCACCUGGCUUCGCUCUUCCUCAACGAGAACAUCAACCUGGGGAAGAAGUACGUGUUUGACAUCCGUCGUACCUCCAAGGAGGUGUACGACCAUGCCCGCCGCGCCCUCUACAAUGCCGGCAUUGUGGACCUGGUGGCCCGUGCCGGCAGCGGGGAGCGCACACCCCCCUCACGCUCACCGAGCCGAGACCACCAGGACGAGGGCCCGGACUGCGGCAGCUGCCAGCAGAGCCGCCUCCUGCAGGAGAGGCUUCAGAAGCUGAGGGAGGCGCUGCUGUGUAUGCUUUGCUGCGAGGAAGAGAUCGAUGCCGCCUUCUGCCCAUGCGGACACAUGGUGUGCUGCCAGACCUGCGCCAAUCAGCUCCAGUCGUGUCCGGUGUGUCGGUCGGAGGUGCAGCACGUGCAGCACGUCUACCUGCCCACCUGCACCAGCCUGCUGAGCCUGACGCUGAACGACAACCACCAGCGCCGCAGCCCCAUGCCCAUCCACAGAGGCCUGGCCGCCCCUCACACGUGCACCACCGACGACUACGACCACAAGAUCUACCACGCCUAAAGAGAGGGAAAACGAAUAGAGACAAAAGACGACUCCCAAAAAACCCCACCAAACUCUCCAGCUGGUACCAAGUCGACCCGGCCCGAUCAACACUUCAUCGAUGUCUCAAUAGAGGAGGGGGGAGCACAGACUUUAUCCAUUUUUCUGUUUUGAAGGUCAUCGACUACCAAACGUUUAAGAAGCUGGCAAAGCACCGAAAGUACUCCUUCUUUUUAGUGAGCGAUUGUGUUUCAUCGGUUGUUUGCCUUCGCCAUGUCAGGCCAUCAGCCAUCCUAUUUUAUUGCUCCUUCGUUGUGUUUCCUCUUCAUUUUUGGUUGAGAUUCCAAAACGUUGACGUCGCUCUGUUUUCACACUGUUUUCACGUGUGUGUGUUUGCUUUCUUUAUCAUCGAAAACUCCUGCCUCCAUGUUUUUACGUUAGACCGUUGUGUUUCUUAUCAAAAUUAUUGCAUCAGUUGACCUGACAUGCAGUAGAAACAGGAUUUCCUUUCUUUUAUUUCUUCUAGUUUGAGUGGGUUUUGGGCGGCGGGGGUGUUCUUCUCCACUCCAUAUCAGGUUUACAGCACCGCAAAAUAUAUUUGCUAUGAGGAAAUUCUGCAUUUUAAGAGCAAAGUUUAACACUGUGCAAAACGGACUGAGUACUGGGUUGUUUUGUGUUUUUACAACUUUUUGCCCUUUUAAAGCUUUGUGAUUUGAAAAAUUUAUGAUGCAUAAUGGAGUGCAUAUUUUUAUUUCUGCUCGUUUAUUUACCUUUUUUUGUUUUGUUUUGUUUUGUGUGUGUGUGUGUGUGUGUCCUGCAUGGUUUUCCAUGCGAAUGAUGAGGCCGGUCCGGGCUGGGGAGCCCUGCCGCGGGCGUAGCAUGGCAUACUGAUGAGAUAUGUAUGUGGCACAAUAAGGCCGGCGUUGUUCUGUUCAUAUGCAAAUCUUUUGGGUUUAAAUUUCUGGGUUUCCAGAUCUUUUAUAAAUUUUUGAAACCCCUGUCAGAUCUCGACUGUAGAGAAAUGGCUAACCCCCCCCCCACACACACACACACACAAUUGAAGAUAAAAAUUGCGGUUCUCCAAAACAAGCCCCGUUCUCACAUGGCCCGCUCCACUCUCUGAUCUCCGCACCAAAAAGAAACCUGGACACUGAAGAGCGCCGUAAAACCACGAGGGUUACCUACUGAAGCCCACGCUUUUCCUUUCUUCUCCUUUGUUUCAGUCUCGACCAUACAAACUUGUGUUAGACAAACUCAGCCGAGUUCCUUCGGGUUGUUUUUAAAAGGGUACUAGGAGAUGUGUCUGUGCAAUAUUAGCUCACUUUUUGAAAAGCUUUUUUCACUUUUUUCCCCCCCAAAGUUUCUCUAGUUUUAACGAAUAGAUAAUUGAGGAGGAAAAAUAAACUUGUCACUUUACCAAGGAUGUUUUUUUCCGAGUGUCCGUUGGCAGUUUUGGCCUUAAUGUAGCAGCAACACCGUGUGUUUGGAUCCUAUAUUCUUUCUUUGCACAGACUAUGUAUUUGUUUUUUUUUUGUUUUUUUUUGGUGAGAUGAAAAAGAGGAAUAAUUAUCUUUAUUUCUUGUCGCUGACACAGUUCAGCUCAGUCACUGCAGGGGAAAAACUUUUAUUAUGGUCCACAUUGUACAAGUAGUCAUUUGUUUCUGUUUUAUGAAGCAAAAGCCACUAUGCUCUAUAAAAUGUAGAAAUGACUGGGGAUUAUAUCCUUUUCUAUAUUAUGCUUUGAAUGAGAGAAAGUAUUAAUAAAGUUGUUUUUUU